GUGUCCUAAGACGAGACUUCGAGCCGCGAAAAAUAUGGCUCCUUCACCAACUAAACGUAAGGAACGUUCUGAAGAUAAAACCAAGGAGAGAGGGAAAGAAAAGACUGGAGGAAAGGAAGGAGCUGACAAGGAGAGAGGCAGGGAGAAGGGUCGCAAACGACGGAGUGCUUCUACUGGGAGUAGCAGCAGCAGGUCCAGGUCCAGCUCCACAUCCAGCAGUAGCUCUGGUUCAAGUUCAGGGUCCUCCAGUGGCUCCAGUUCCUCGUCCGGGUCCAGUCGAUCUGGAUCAUCCAGUUCUUCACGGUCCUCCAGCUCCUCUAGUUCCUCAGGGUCUCCAAGCCCCAGUCGCCGCCGUCAUGACAACCGCCGCCGCUCACGCUCAAAAUCUAAAUCACAAAAAAGAGGUGAUGACAGGGAGCGGAAGAGAAGGAGCCCAAGCCCUAAACCUACCAAAGUUCACCUGGGACGUUUGACUCGGAAUGUGACAAAGGAUCACAUCCAAGAGAUCUUUGCCACCUACGGGAAGAUAAAAAUGAUUGAAAUGCCUAUGGAUAGGUUGCACCCGAACUUGUCCAGAGGAUAUGCAUAUGUGGAGUUUGAGACACCAGAAGAAGCCCAGAAGGCCCUUAAACACAUGGAUGGAGGUCAGAUUGAUGGACAGGAAAUCACAGCCACUGCUGUCCUGGCUCCAAGGAUACGACCUGCCCCCCGCCGGCUGUCGCCACCCCGUAGGAUGCCCCCACCUCCCCCUAUGUGGCGUCGCACCCCGCCUCGUAUGAGGAGAAGGUCUCGGUCCCCACGCAGACGGUCCCCAGUGCGGCGACGUUCUCGUUCCAGAUCCCCUGGCCGCAGGAGACAUCGGUCUCGUUCAAGCUCCAACUCUUCACGAUAGCAAGUUAUGAGUUAAUGCGUUGCAGGUUUUUAUGAACAUCUCUUCAGAGAGAGAAUGCAGCAGUUCCGAGGCUAUGAAUGGGCAGCAACCAAAAGCUAGUGUCCUAGACUGUGCUCUGGAGAUGUUUUAGAAAUGUCUCUGAU